GGGAAAUCCCUUUCUUUGGUAAAUAUAAUGUAGCGACAUCACUCUCUGCGCUUAAUUUAAAAAUAAAAGUCAAGUUAAUUAAUUAUAAUGGUGGAAAUUCAACCUGUUUCAUAUUGGUUCACAUAGGCUAUCUCUAAGCAGCGGUAUUGCAGUUUACUGUCGUUACACCAUGGCAUCGGAUAGUAUUAGGUCCGGCUAUUAAGUAGAGGAAUAAAGUGUUAUGAACAUUUAAGAUGAAAAGGAAAAAAUGUCACUUUUAAGGAGGGCAGCGACAUGGGAAAUAUCUGAAUCUGAGGAGGAACGCGAUUCUGAAAUCAAAUCAACGAGCAGUUGUGGUGGCCCUAAAAUUGAUGAACCAAUUGAACCCAAUUCACAGAAUGUUGUCAAAGAGAACAAUGAUCAAACGGAGGAAUGCAAUGGUCCUGUCAGGCGUUCUGAAAGGCAAAACCGCAGAGACAGCCUUCCCCUUCCCUCGACGGCCGUCCCUUCAACUCCGAGUCCUGGGAAGAGACGACGGCGAACUAAGGAAGAGAUUGAUGCAGAUAAAUUGAAUUUGGAACAGAAGAAAAAGGACAGAGAGACACUGAGGAAUGAAAAGGCUCAAGAAAAAGAGAAGAAAAGACAUGAGCAGCAAAGGAGAAAACAAGACGCAGAGCGUCUAAAGUGUUACCGACCCGAGAACUGUUUAAAAUGUUUGACAGUGUGCAUCGAUUCCGCUUUACUACAGGAUGAAAGGUCAGAUAUUCUACUGGGGUCUCUGUAUUCCAUGGAGUGGAAGACCGCCAUUGAAGAGCAGCAACUUCUCCACAGCAUCACAUGGAGAAGGGACCUUCCACAGGGUGAAGACAAGCCGAGCCCAGUUCUGGAGGAACAAGUUCUCAUGGUUUUGACUCUGAAUGACUUCUUGGACAUGGUUGUCUCCAUCAAGCAUGCUGAACAGAAAGGGACUGAGGUGACUGUGGACACUUUAUUCAAGCAGCUAUCUGAAUAUCUCAACAGAAAUGGAGAGAAAAUAGUCACUUUGGCAGUGAUGGGACCAAAUCCAAGCAGCUGGACUCUGUGUUCACAACGAUACGAGGACCAGAUGCUCAGAUCACAAAUAGGGGAGGAGGGCACUGAUAUUGAGGAAGCCCUGGUGUUCCUGCAGCUGUACAGGAACACCUCCGUCAUCUUUCUGGAGAGCUGGCAGGCUCUUACAGACCAUGCGUGUGCCAUUACCAAGGCCCUGUCCAAACGGCCAUUCAAACAGCUGACGGAGAAGGACUACCUGCCUUUCUGCUUGGAUGGCUCAUGGGCCGGCGGGGUGCGAGUUGAGAGGGAUGGGAGUGGACUCAGCCAGGUCUGGAGCAGGCAGAUCCAGCAGCUGAAUCGAGUGAGCCCUGCAGUGGCUGCUGGAGUGUCUUCAGCGUUCCCCUCACCUCAGCUGCUUCUAAAGGCAUACAAAGACUUGGACUCUGAAGGUGAAAGGAAAGGACUACUUGCAGGUCUGUUGGCAAAGAGCGGGGAGAGGGAAAGGCGAGUCGGACCAGAAAUCUCCAACAGAGUUUAUCGAUUUCUCACAGCGCAUAAUCCUGAACUCGUCCUGGACUAAGGGGAUUAGAAUAUUUACACUGGUCUAUCAGUUGAAGUAUCACUGUGGUGAAAAUAUUGUUCCCAGUAAUUUGACCUUGUUCAGGAAAUUAUCCAACAGAAUUGCGUCAGCAAUGUAUCAAGACCAUUCAACACAAAGAUUGUUGCGUCAUUGUGUUAGAGGAUAUAUCAAAAACACUAACAUUUUGUUUAACAGACAUUUUAGAUUUUAUUUACAAUGCCUUUACAAUGAGUUUCUUUGAUACAAAUAUUUGCAAAGGCUUUAUACUUGAAAUGGAGGUGAUUAAAAAUAAAGAUGAGAACAAUG